AUGUUCGGAAGCGUCGGCUCAACAUGGGGGAACACGCAGCAAAAUCAGCAGCAACAGCAGCCUAGUGCCUUCGGCCAGCCCAGUGCCUUCGGUGCCACGAACACGGGCAGUGCCUUUGGAUCCACUAGUGCUUUCGGUCAACCGCAACAGCAGCAACCCCAGGCGAACCCCAUGUUUGGAAAUCUUUCAACUCCUGCGUCAAAUACUGGAACGUCUGGCUUUGGUGCAUUUGGCUCGACCGCCAAUAACACUACGAGUGCUUUCGGUGCGAAGCCAACCACUGGCUUCGGCGCGUUUGGAGGAGGAGGGACCAGUGCCUUCGGGAGUACCGGAACUGGAACAAGCGCGUUUGGUCAGCCUGCAGCAACGAAUACGUCGACGACCGGUACCGGCUUGUUUGGUCAGCCUGCAGCCACGACUGGGACGAGCACCUUUGGGAGCGGCGGUGGAUUGUUUGGUGCGAACAAGACUCCUUCGGUGUUUGGAGGCACUGGCGCGGCCCCACCUGUAGUAAACUCAGGAACCGCAAAUCCACCAUAUGCACCUCAUACCAACAAAGAGGAAGGAGGAACAUUCCAUUAUCAGUCUAUCUCCUGUAUCCCUGCCUAUGCAGGCUAUUCCUUCGAGGAACUUCGUGCCCAAGAUUACGCUCAGGGCCGGAAAACCGCCAGCACCACUGGUAGUGCAUUUGGCGGAACCUCAGCCUUCGGCGCAACUCAACCUGCCACGACAGGUACAGGCCUUUUCGGAUCCGCGCAGCCUCAAAAUACCACAUCAGCCUUCGGCUCGACCAACACCACUGCACCUACCACAGGAUUCGGUGCAUUUGGCUCGACAACCACACCGGCAACAACGCAGCCUAGCGGAGGGCUCUUUGGAGGUGGCUCUGCCCUUGGUUCCGCCAAUACUCAGCAACAAACUGCUCAAACAACUGGUUUUGGCGCCUUUGGCCAGCCCCAGCAGCAACAACCUCAGCAAUCGACAGGUUUAUUUGGAAGUGGAACGUCUGCGUUUGGCAACACCGCCAAUAAGACAGGUUUUGGGGCAUUCGGUUCAACCAACACCACAACAGCACCUUCAACCGGUGCAUUUGGCAGCGGGAGCGCGUUUGGCACCACGAACACACAACAGCCUGCUCAAACUGGAGGACUAUUCGGAAAUACCCAACAGCAGCAGCAACCGGCCACGGGCUCGACCGCUAACAAGCCUCUCUUCGGAUCUACCACUACCACGACGCAGCCUGCUACGACAGGCUUUGGUGGCUUCGGAACCAACACUCAGCAGCAACAGCAGCCCGCUCAACAAGGCACCGGCCUCUUUGGUGGUGGUACUACAGGUGGCUUGUUCGGAAACACGCAACAACAGCAGCAGCAGCCUGCCCAGACAACCGCUCCUACGACAGGAUUGUUCGGUAACACACAAACCCAAAACACCGGGGUUGGAUUGUUCGGUGGUGGAACUACGACUGGCACGACCGGCGGACUCUUUGGCAAUACUCAAAACCAACAGCAAAACCAACAGCAGACCGGUGGACUUUUUGGCGCCAAACCAGCUACUACUACCGGUACCGGUGGAUUAUUUGGAAGUACCUUUGGACAGCCAGCAAACAACAAUGCGACGCAGCCUGCGACGGGAGGAGGGUUGUUUGGAAAUAGCACUCUUGGGCAGCCUGCUCAACAACAGACUGGGUUCGGCGGAGGUUUGUUUGGGAAACCAGCGGCACCUUUGGGGACCACACCUUCCACCGGAGGGGGGUUGUUCGGCAGCACCGCGACCAACGCUGCGGCGUCGACUGCAGCACCGGCCCAAGGCACUCUCACUGCUUCCAUCGCCCAACCAAUCGGCUCGAACUUGCCGAUCUUCAACAUGCUUCCUCCUGGUCCCCGGCUGGUCGACUUGGACCAAUCUCAACCGAAGAAAAAGCCGCCGUUCUUCGUAGACGUACCUACGCGAUCGCCUAUACCCCGUGUCUCUCAGAGUUUCGCACCUGCGAGCUCCAAACUCCGUGGCUUUGGAUCGUCUAUCGCGGGCCAGAGCACCUCGGGCAAUCCAUUCGCCAACACUAAUGGGGUUUCUUUCCUCAAUGGCAAGCCCGGUGCCCUUGCCAUUACUGAUGGACGAUCGACAUCUGUCGGUCCCGACUCUUUCCUAGGACGCAGCGGUAGCCCCGCCUUGGGAAGCGGUUCGCGACAGAGCGUCAAGAAGGUUAUCCUUGACAAAAAGGUGGAACCUUCACAGUUGUUCGUCAAGUCAGGUAGCCCAGGCAUCCCCGGUGGGAAGAUCGUUUUCAGUCCUGCUCUGAGCAUCGCGGCCCGAGAAAAGGAAGCCGCUGCUGCAAAGGCAGCUGCAGCCGCGACGGCUUCGCCUACCCCCUCGAGAACGCAACCACGCAGUCCCAAACGAUUCACUGCCAAUAGCACCAAGAACAUCACCGGAGACGCCUCGACGUUGGAGGAAGGGGAUUACUAUGUGAAACCCGAUCUGACUUCGUUGAAGAAACUCGGCUACGACCAACUCUCGUCGUUCGAGGGUCUCGUGGUUGGACGAGUUGGAUAUGGAGAGAUCGAAUUCCUGGAGCCGGUUGACCUUACUGGUCUUCCCAAACUGAGUGCUCUCUUAGGCGAUGUGAUUCACUUUGAUGAAAAGGAAUGCAGCGUCUACCCGGAUAGCGACGAUGCGGAUAAACCUCCACCAGGAUCCGGAUUGAACGUCAAGGCUCGGUUGACUUUGGAGAAGUGUUGGGCUGUGGACAAGGCCACCCGGGAGCCCAUCAAGGAUCCAAAUCACCCAAGUGUGGUCAAGCACUUGAAGAGGCUGAAGAACAUGAAGGAGACGCACUUUGAAGGUUUCGAUAUGAAUACCGGGAAAUGGACGUUCUCCGUUGACCAUUUCUAA